CCGCCGAUAAUCAUUCACCCCACGCUGCAUUAUCAAUAAUCCACCGUUGGUCCUUCGUGUCGUCGGUGCAUACAAUUUUGACAAUGGCUCCGAUUUCUAUUGCGGACCUCGUCGCCGCUCUGCCGGCUGAGGAUGCCUGGGGUCCUGCCACCUCGGGCGAUAACAUGCUCGAGGGUGUUCCCUAUGCUCCUUUCUCAAAGGGCGACAAGUUGGGCCGCAUGGCUGACUGGACCGCUGAGUCCAAGGACCGUGCUGGUCAGGGUCGCCAGCAGUACAACCGCAACUUCAGAGAUCAGCAGGUGUAUGGCGCCGGUUCCACCAGCCUGUUCACCAUCCAAGGUGCCGAGGACGAGUCUUCCUUCUCCGUUGUCGACAACACUCGCACCUCCGCCAAGCGUACCUUCGGCCGUGGUGGUGGCACCGUUUUCCGUGGUCGUGGUGGCCAGCGUGGUGGUCAGCUCCAGCGCGGUGGUGCUCGUGGUGGCUUCCAGCGUGCUGCUGGUGGCCGUGGUCAGGACCGCUUCUACGAUCAGCGCGGCAACCGUGGCGGCCGCGGUGGCCGUCGCUUCGGCUGGAAGGACUAUGACAAGCCUCAGCGUACUCGCGAGCCCUCUGUCAACAUUCGCCCUGAGUGGCAGAUGAUCGAGGAGGUUGACUUCAACCGCCUCUCCAAGCUGAACCUGGAGGCCCCCGAGGGUGAGGACCUCGAGUCUUACGGUUUCCUGCACUACUACGACCGCUCCUACGACAGGGUCCCCGUCAAGGGUGCCGAGCGCAAGCUCCAGAGCCUCGAGCGUGCCGCCUACAACGUCACCACCUCCCAGGAUCCCGUCAUCCACGAGCUCGCCGAAAAGAACGAGGCCACCGUCUUUGCUACCUCCGACAUUCUCUCCAUGCUCAUGUGUGCCACUCGCAGUGUUUACUCUUGGGACAUUAUUAUCGUUCACCAGGGCGGCAAGAUCUACCUCGACAAGCGUGCCGGUGCCUCUAUUGACCUGGUGACCGUUAACGAGAACGCCUACGAUGCCCCUCUCGAGGUUUCCGAGGCCUCUGGCAAGCAGGAGCAAAUCAACACUCCCAGCGCUCUGGCCAUGGAGGCCACCUUCAUCAACCACAACUUCGCCCUCCAGACCGUGACCGAGUCCGACGAGGCCAAGAUCUCCUUCACCCACCCCAACCCCUUCUACAACGAGGCUGAGGAGACCGAGCCCCUUGCCUCUAAGGGUUACAAGUACCGCCGCUUCGACAUUGGCCUCGAGCGUGACGAUGAGCCCCUCCAGCUGAUCGUCCGUACCGAGGUCGACGCUGUGAUGAAGAACCCCGCCGGUGGUGCCGACCAGCAGCUGGUUAUCAAGGCCCUGAACGAGUUUGACAGCAAGGCCCCCGGCUCCGGCAACGCCCUCGACUGGCGCAGCAAGCUCGCUUCCCAGCGUGGUGCCGUUCUCGCUACUGAGAUGAAGAACAACUCUUCCAAGCUCGCCCGCUGGACCACUCAGGCUAUCCUGGCCAAGGCCGAUGGCAUGAAGCUCGGCUUCGUCUCUCGUGCCAACCCCCGCUCCGCCGCUGGCCACGUUGUUCUCGGCGUUGCUGGCUACAAGCCCCGCGAGUUCGCCACCCAGAUGAACCUGAACCUCAGCAACGGUUGGGGUAUUGUCCGCACUGUUGUCGACCGUAUCCGCUCGCUGGAUGCGGAUGAGCCCGAGGAUGCCGUCAAGAAGUACGUUCUGAUCAAGGACCCCAACCGCAAUGUCCUACGUCUGUACAGCGUGCCUGCUUCCACUUUCGAUGAGGAUGAGGAGCCUGAGGCUGAGGAGAAGGAGGAGAAUGACGAGGAGGAUGAGGAGUAGAUGUAUGCUUCCUAUGGAUGAUGUGCUGUUCUACUCCUUGGAUUAGAGAUUUUUUACGUUUAUCACCUAUUUUUUCAUGGAUGUGCAUACGUUGCAAAAGUUUGAUAAGAAUUGACAUGAGCCUCAUUACGAUCCAUCAUUAAAUACCUAUGUAUUUGCUCUAAGCCGGAAAUCAUUCAAAUGUAGAUAUACAUGUAAAGAGUGCAGCUAGGCCCAUUCCCGGAGGUUUCAAUGCCCUGUAUACACUUACCCUCUGGAGAUAAGUUUAUACCUUCUCCUUUUGCUCUUUUUCCUCUUCCUCUUCCUCUUCGUCCUCAUCCUCAUCAUCCUCCUCCAACCCUCCAAACUCCCUCUGAAUCUCCCCUUUCAAGUCCUCCGUAUCCUCCAUAACAGCCUCAGUCUCCUCAACCUCUUUCAAGAAACUCUUACAAUUCUCACCCCUAAACCAAAACUGAUCAAUCAUCUGGAGCCCCGCAUCGAACUGCACCUUCACCAACAGUUCCAUCCGAUCCCGCUCACUCCUAGCAUCCAAAAACAACUGUCGCACCGAACUCGGAUCAGCCUUAUAUGCCUCCUCACACCUCUCCAGCAACUCCCCUUCCAUCCGAUUCUGCUCUAAAGCGUACAUUCUCGUAUUAUGCAAGAAAUUCGCACAAACCGUCCUAGAAUCACCGCUUUCAGCGAAAGAAUUCGUCACGCGUAGGUUCAGUGCUUGAAGCCGUUGUUUAUGCUGCUCGAGGAUCGCGGCGAUGUCGGGGUGGAAUUGGAGAUAUCCUGAUACCCAGCCUUUGGAUACGCGGAAGCCGUGGCUGCCACUGCGCUUGGAUAGGAGGGUAUUGGCCAUGUCUUGGAUGGACGAUGGGUCCAGGUCACGCCCGCUCCCGUGGACGUCGAUGAUCCAGUUGUAGAGGGUGUUUUCCUCCGUUCUGGUAAGGCGGAGUGGUUUGGGGCGCGCAUUGGUGGAUCUGGAUUUUCGGACGCGUAGAAGUGCGCAUGUAGGGACGGAUUUGACGCGCGUGCGGAGAGUUGUCUCUGGGACGCCGUUCUGGGUGGCUGCUUCGCGGGGAGUGGUGUAUUUGCCCGUUUUGAGGCCGAUUAUCGCCAGCGCGAGUCGGUCUGCGGGAUUUACCCGGUGACCCGGUGGGUUUGGGUGUUUCGGGGGCAUUUUGAGAUGGGUAUUGGAGGGGGAUGUCGACUUUUGUGUUGGUUGAUAAGGAGGGAGGAUAUGGUGAUUCUGGGGUCGCGUGUGGCGC